AUGAAUUCAACAUCAGCAUCGCCACCAAAUCCAACUGAAUCUGAUAGUAAUAACAUUAUUAAUAAUAAAGAAGAGGUAUUUGAGGAUGAAAUAAUUGAAGAUAAAACAACAACCACCACCACAACAACAACAGAUAAUCAACAACAACAACAAACACCACAAACACCACAACAGCUACAAGAACAACAGUUUCUUCAACAACAACAACAACAACAAGAAAAUGCACAUCAUCAAGGUAAAAUAAUGAAUGAAUCAUUACCAUCAAUUAGAGAUUAUAAUAGUGAUAAAAAUAGAGAUGAAGAUGAUGAUGAUGAAGGUGAAACGGCAAAUAUUAAUAGAUUUAAUCCAUAUGGUUUAACGAGUGGUAAAAAGACCUUAAAUUUCAAUGAUAGAUUAGAGACAAUCGAGAUGGUUGUAUCAAUGUUUCCUCUAUUGGAAAAGGAUCCAAAUGUAUAUAAAAUUUUAAAUAAAUAUGAUUGGAACGUGGAGGCAAGUAUUAAUGAGUUUCAAAAGAGACAUGAUUACGCAGAGAAAUCAUUAGAAACCAGUAAAACCCCUAGUUUUCCUCAAGAUCCAAUCAUUUAUCAUAAUAGCAAUAACAAUAAUGGCAAUAAUCAAACAUCACCAAACUCAAAUGAAAUGAAAACAAUGAAUUCCAGAAAAUCAGGUAAUAGACCUUAUCAUCCAACCAAUACAAACGAUGAUUAUGAUGCAAUGGAUAAUGAAUAUGAUAGUGACGAUUUAGAAGGUGAUAGUUCUUUAGAUGAUGAUAUUAAUAAUAAAAUAAAAGAUGAAUAUAACGAAUCAAUGGAUGAUAAAGAUGGUGGAGGUGGUGAUAAUAAUAAUAAUAAUAAUAACAAUAAUAAUAAUAAUAAUAAUAAUAAUAACACAGAGAAAUCAGCAUUAGAUUAUUCAAGAUUUCCUACUUUUAAACAAGAUAUACAGACAUUGAGAGAUAUAUUUGGAACAUCAUAUGGCGAAUAUGAACUUAAAGGUUUUUAUAUGGUAUGUGGUGGUAAUUUAGAGGUUGUAAUUGAUCAAUUAGUAAACGAACAAAAACAAAAAGAUAUGGCAUCCUCUCAAAAACAUAAUCAUCAUAGUAAUAAUAAUAAUAAUAAUAUUAAUAUUAAUAAUAAUAAUAGUAAUGGAUCACGUCAAUCUUUAACAUCUAGACUAUCAGAAGAGGAUAAAAGACAACUUCAACUACAACUCAUCGAAGAACAAGAGAAAUUGGAGAAAAAAUUCUCUGAUAAAAAGAAACAAGAGAUUAAUAAUCAUCCAUCAAAAAAGAAUUUUUCACAACAAGAAAUCGUUAAUGAACUAAAGGAUCUCUUUAGUAAACAUGUCGAAGAGGGUGUAAUUGAAUGGGUGGCUUAUUCCUGUGAAUAUGAUUUGGGUAAAGCAACAACUCAAUUAGUCGAUUUAAAACAUAAUAAUUUAUUAAAAAAGAAUAACGCAUUAAAUAAUAAUAAUAAUAAUAAUAGUAGUAGUAAUAACAAUAAUAAUAAUAAUAAUAAUAAUGGUUUAAUGUCUUUAGAUCCUUCAACAAUUCAAGGUAUUGAAAGUAAUUUAAAUUCACUUUCAAAAGGUUUACUGGUUGGUGGUUCUCAAUUAACUAUUCCAACUGAUUUAAUAUCUCAAGUAUCAUUCGAUACCUUAACUGAACAAGUUGGUAAAUUAAAUGCAACAAAUGAUAGUAGUAGUUUUAAUAAUAGCAACAAAAAUAAUAAUAAUAAUAAUACAACAACAACUACUACUACAACUACAGCUACUGAAACUAAUAGCCAAUCAUCUUCAACCACUCCAGUAUUCCAUCAAAACUUUACUUAUGAUAAAAAAUAA